GCCAUUGGCUUCAGAGUGAGUUUAGACCGUUGAAUAGAGUCCCCAAAGCAUCCAAACAGGAAGAUUCGAUGACAAAGCAAAGAACACACCAAGGUGUCUACAGAACCGUCCAGAAUGAGAUGGCAGAUAACACUCCCGUCUCCUGAUAUCAUUGGUUGCUCCUUACUUGUCUUCUUACUAUUCCCUGCUCUCAGGCCCAUAGCACGGACUCGCCUGCACCGUGCUAAGCCUCACAGCCAUGGCCUCUUUGACUCUGACCUCUCUUCCUCAUCUGCAACAGUUUUUUUCUCAAUCAUCAUCUUCGUCUUCUUCUAUUAGGCAUCUAAGUCCAAGCAAAACUCAUAGACUCACGACCCAGUCUCCAAGACGGUCUCGUUUGGGUAAGCUAAGCCUCUUCCCAAGAUCAGCUCUGGACGAGGUUCCCGUGGCUGACCCUCCACCCCCACUUUCUCCAUCAUCUUCGGAGGACAAGUCUGAGCUCAUUUCGUCCUUGAAGCUCAAAUUACUGAGUGCUGUUUCUGGGCUAAAUAGAGGUCUUGCUGCAAAUGAAGAUGAUCUGGAAAAGGCAGAUUCUGCCGCCAAGGAGGUUGAAGAUGUUGGAGGACUGGUGGACCUUUCAGUUGAUCUUGACAAAUUACAAGGGAGAUGGAAACUGAUAUAUAGCAGUGCAUUCUCAUCUCGCACUCUUGGUGGGAGUCGUCCUGGACCCCCCACAGGAAGGCUACUCCCUAUAACUCUUGGUCAGGUUUUCCAACGGAUUGACGUUUUAAGUAAAGAUUUUGAUAAUAUAGUGGAGCUUCAAUUAGGUGCUCCAUGGCCACUACCACCUGUUGAAGUGACAGCCACCUUAGCCCACAAAUUUGAGCUCAUAGGAUCCGCGAAGAUAAAAAUCACAUUUGAGAAAACGACUGUAAAGACAACUGGAAGUUUGUCACAACUGCCACCAUUAGAGCUACCGCAGAUUCCAGAUGCUUUAAGGCCUGCAUCAAAUAGAGGAAGUGGUGAAUUUGAGGUCACCUAUUUGGAUGAAGAUACCCGAAUCACUAGAGGAGACAGAGGCGAGCUUAGGGUUUUUGUCAUCUCAUGAUACCCUGGCAUGCGCACUCUCUUUACUAUCCCCUGAUAUUCAAUAUUCGUGUGUAAUAUUCACGCUUCCUGCUUCAAUAUGUUGCUUCACCGUUACUGUUA